GACGGGUUUGAAAGCUCUGUGAGCUCCGUUCCCCUGUGCUCAGCAUGGCCACAGCUCAAGCUUCCCUUUGUGCGACAAGGGGAGCGGCACCACCUUUCAAGCAGGCAGUUAAGCGGGGCGGCAUCAGGAGAAAUGAAUGCUGGCACCUGGCAGGAUGGAAAGGCUGCGCACAACUCCCAUCUACUUCAAACAGAUGUGGCGCUGCAAGACUGCAGCGUAUCUGCAAGGCUUUUCCAACAAGGCUUAUACCUUCAGUGCCCCAAUUGCCUCCUUGUGUAGCGCUCACCAGCAACGCCUUGCUUGAGGGAAGGGACAUUGGCAUAUGUAAUCAAAGGCAGGCCGUGGGUGUUCCUUUGAUCUAUAAGAGGCGGCCAGUGCAAGAAAACGCGCUGUCAUCAAAGUUGUUUAGAAAACCAGUGGUGAUCAGGGCAGAGCUUGGGGCUGGCUCCUCGGACAUUGGCCCUCAAAGUCCGAGGAGACGAUGCAUCGAAUGCGGGCAUCUGAAGCUGCUGGUAGAUUUCAAGCCGACAAAGACAAGCGCUGAUGGACUGACGGACUCGUGCAGAGCCUGUCUGGCGGUUUGGUCUGCGAGGCGGCCGCUGUGGGCAUACGAAGGAAGUGCGCGACUUUGUGUUGGACAAGUCGAAGAAAGACAGGCUGUCUCGUUGGUGCCGGGGGUGAUGCGAGGAGGUGAAGUCCGCGCCAGAGUUCGAUGUUGACAAGAAGCGGCGGAGCGGGCUCCAGAUAGUGUGCAAAAUGUGCCGCAAAGACUUGAAUAAGAGUGUGACCUUGCGCCGGCAGGCGUUCGCAGGGCACGGGGUUGCUCCAAGGGCCAAGAAGUUGUGUCGGUCGUGCGACAAGGUCAAGAAACUGGGCGAGUUCUAUGUCGAUGUGACAUCAGCGGACGGCCUCGGAUACGCGUGCAAGACGUGCAGUUCGGCUCAAGCAAGAGCACGGUAUCGGGCGAAGAAGAGGAAAGCGGCAGGGCCGCUCAAAGAGGCGGAGGCGUCACCUCCACUGGAGGAACUAGACGUGGGCCCCUGCGAGGAGCAAGAGUUGAAGGUGCGGUGGGAGCUGCGGGUGGCUGAGUGCCAAAGGUGGUGGGGUGUGCAACUGAACAAGGACAAGUGGAUCCGUGACCAGGAACGCAUGCGCUCCCUCGAGCUCCGGCUCGCGCAGCUGCAGGCGCAGCAGUCCACGUGGCAGGCGGAGAAGCUGGCCCUGAGUGGCACGUCCAGAAACUAG